AAUGAUCAAUAAUAGUGUUCAUAACUUUUGAAGAGUUAUAAAAUCGACUCAUUGUAUUGGCAAAAGCCAAAUAGAACUGUAAAAGAUCUCAUCUUCUCUCCAAUGGGUAAUAAGCUGUUGUACUAUGUAAUCUUUUCCAUGUUUUUGCUGUUUACAAUGUUACGAGUUUGGCGAGAAACCACGGAUGCUCAUGUUUAUAGGCGAAAAGAAUGGAUUGAAACGCUUUUCGAAUCUGGAUUUGCCAGUCUUCGUGUGGGAUUCCAUGAAGAUCAAAAGUACUUUAGGUUGUAUUUUAUACAAUAGCUAAUGAGUACAUAUACUAAUUGUUGUUUAUACUUACACUGGCGUGACAAUGAUUGAUUUCUUCUGUCUUUGGUUGUAUGGGGCUUCCUUAAACUGAGGAUAGCUAUGUUCUAAAAAUUCUACAGAAAUGGAUUGUUUUUUUGGCGGA